AUGUCUCAAGUCACGAAUACUACCACUGGUAUCAGUAAUAAUAAUAACAGUAAUAACACGCCAUGGAACAGAACUCCCGGUAAACCUGGUAUUGGCACUGGUGGAACUGUUAAUUCUUAUCCAACAUUUUCAACGCCUUCAAAUAUUCCAUGGUCUACAACUAGAAAUGAUGCUGUAGAUUUAAUACAAGGACGUGGUCAAAUUGAAGGUGGUGGCGUUGGUCAGAUGUGGCCUCUUCCUGCAAUUUUCGACUCAAGCCGAAAUUCUGAUCGUAAUGCUGUUGGUGGUGGAGUAGGCGAGGUAGGCGGAGAAUUUUUACCUCAGGAAUCAACUACAACUGAUAACCAGUGGGCAACCACACCUUUUUCAGGUCAAACAACUUCAAAUGUCAGCUCUCUAUUAGGUUCACCUAAUACAUUUCCUAUCACUAAUAAUCAUAUGCAAGUUCUUAAUCCAUGGUCUUUCGAUAAUCCAAAUAAUAAUUGUUCUAUUACUGCGCCUCGAGCAAUUACUGGUCAGCAAUUAAAUAAUGUAACCUUAGCAAACACACCGUCGGACACAUUGAAUUCAGAUCGUUCUCGUCGUUAUAUGCAGCAUUGGACAACAUUGAAUAAUGAACAAGAUUUGUUAAAUGACGAUCGAUCUGGAUUGGCUUUUCCUUUAUCAAGUAUAAACAUUAAUAAUAAUAGUAAUAAUUCCGUCAGUGGAUUCGGCAAUCCUUCUGAUUUUAUUGAAAAUCAGUCACUUUCUUCUAACAUAAACAAUAAUGCACGAGGUAGUAACAAGUUAUCAGAAUUUGAUAUUGGACAAACUAGUUUAAAAAAGUCUAGUUCCGAUAUCGACUCUUCGGUAUGUGAUGCUGAGGAAGCUAUUCGCACUGCGGUUAAUACUACUGAACCAUGGGGUAUUCAUCCAGUUGAUCAAAGCACACCAUGGAAUUGUUCUGAAGCAAAUGGUGACUGCUUGCCAAUACAUUCCUCUGGACCGAUUACAGGAUCUCCACCUGUGAGUGAAACUUCUGCUGCAUCACGAAUUUCAGGUCAUAAUCAAUCUAGUGGAGUGUCAACUAUCCAGCCGACAGGUUCUCAGUCAUCUUUACAUUCCAGGCGUCUUAGCUCCACAGCUUCUUCAUUUAACAGAGAUCUGGAAUCAAAUGUUUGGCCAAGUGAACCUCCAAACGGUACUGGGAUUUGGGAGUCCCAUUAUGAGAGUCUUGGUGAGAGAACUGCCCGAUGGCAUCAAAAUAGUGGUAAUUCUACACAAACAUCUCAGGCUCCAUUUUUAUCACAACUUAUCAACCCUCCUAACUUCACCUCUAAUCAAAUUUCACAUCCUACUAUUAGAUCUCGACCUCAACAAGGUCAACUGCCACCAAGUACUGAAAGUUUUCGUGGAAUCAAUCGUGCAGUUCCAGGGACUAUAUUUCCUGUAGGACAACCACCUUCAAAUUCAAGUGUUAUGAAUUUGGGAACAAGACCGAUCUUCGGUGGAAAUCACCCAAUAGGACCUGUUAAUAGUAAUAUAGCGGGAACCGGUAGUGGUGGUGCUUCAUCUAGAAGCUUCCCAAUAGCUAAUCCGGUGAAUCUUGGUUCAGGAGUUUCUUGGCCCUAUACCUCGGGAACACAACCAGUUGACCCUUCUGUUCCUGGGAUUAAUUUUGGUAAUAAGUCUCGGUGGCCCGGACAGAAUAUGAACCGUUUACCUGGUAAGCAACAACAUCCAACACCCCAUGUUUUGCCUAAUAUGACUUCUACUGGUAUAAGAUGGCCUCCUGGUGCAACAACUACACAUAUGCAAGGCAUAUGGCCACAUACAGACCAACGACGCCCAGGUACUGUUCCAGGACCUUGGUCAACUAAUGCAUCUGGGAUGGAUAGUAGUAGUGCUGGAGGAUUUUUCAAUCAACCUACUCAAAGCAUAACUCCUCGAGUUUCGCAACAGAUUGGUACCUCAGAGUUUCCUUCGUCAUUACCUCCUUCUAGGGGUGUAAACCAAUCAUUUAGAACGCCUCAAAGUGCCUUCUAUCCACCUAUAACUCCCGGUUUUUCGUCAACACCUAUGUCACAACGUAUGUUUAUGAGUCCACAACAGCAUUCACAUCAAUUACAACAACAGAAUGAAAUACAACCUAUAUUCGCUGAUACAAAUACAAAUGUGGAACGAGCAUUGAUUGACUUACGUGAUCGAUCAGGCCAUCCAGGCAUUGAUGAAUUAAUCAAUGCACUGAGACCAAUCACGUCCAAUUUGUUGCCUACACCUAAUUCAAAUGAUGUUAGACAACAGUCAGAUCUUCCUGGACAAAGUACAAAUCCCAAUCGUUCUAUGAAUGCAAUGAGAGGAAAUGAGAUGAUGAAAUCCAAUAUACCAGUUAGUAAUAAUAAUAAUAAUAAUAAUAAUCAACCUACAGAAAAUUUAGAAUUAUCAUUACAAUUAUUGCAACAACGUGAAACACAAAUACUUCAAACCAUUGUACAAUUACAUUCAAAACAUCAAGAUUUAAAUCAAAAACUCUCACAUAUACGUUCAGCAACUAAUAUUCCAUUUGCUACAAAUCCUGUUAUACAUGAACUACAGUUACAAGCAUUUCAAGUUGGUCAACAAAUCGAUGCUCAACAGGCUCAAUUAAAACAUGUACGUAGUCAAGCUGGUAUGCUACGACAGAUUACUAUGUCCUCAUCGAAUUUAUCUAAUCCAUCUCAAAAUUUAAACACUACUAAUAUUACCACUGUUACACCAUCAUCAUUAUUAACAAGUAGUGGUGUGAUUGUUGGCGGUGGUACUACUGGUCAAACAGUUACUAAUGUACAACACAUAAUUCCUAAUUGUUUAACAGGGACAACUAAUCCAGUUAAUUGUAGUGGAUUUAAUUUAUUGACUAACAGUAAUAGUUCAUCAGUAUCGUCGACUUCUGCAUUAUUAUCAUCAUCAUGGUGUCCUAUUUCAACACAAAGUGGCAGUAUGAUUAGUGGUUGUAGCAAAACAAAUCAACCAUUAAAUAUUUCUGUAGUCGGUAAUAAUAGUAAUGGUUCGGAAAAUAUUGAUUUUCUACCGGAUCAAUCAAAUUUUAAUAUGAAUUCUUUAUUAUGGGAAUCUAGUCCUUGGUCAGGUUCUAGUCCACAAUUACACGAGAAUUUUUCAAAUAAUCGUAAUUCAUUAGCAACUGAUAGGCGUUGGACACCCUCUGGCAGUAGUAGUGGUGGUGGUGGCAAUGGCGGAGUUGUUGGUGGUGUCAGUGGCAAUAGUAGCAGUAGACUGCCACCACCGUUUAUAUCAUCUCAACUCUCAUCACUUGGUGAUCCUAGAUGGUCAGAUAUGAUAAAUGAUGUUACUAAUUCAAUGAAUGACACAAGACGACAAUCGUUUGGUGCUGGUGUUAGUGAAAUUGACGAAAUACAUAACAGUGGAAUAGAUUAUCAUCCUAUGAUUCCCAUUUCUAUAUCAAGUAAAUCAUGGCUUCUAGCGCAUAACAUUCCACCGCAUAUAUCAGUCGGAAUGUUAAAAAUGACUGUGUCCUCAGCAUUAAACAAUCAUAUCCUUCGAUCUGUGGAAUCCAGUGAUAGAAAUUCUUCUAAUAGCACUUCUAUUGGUAGUAAUAGUAAUAAUAAUGAUAUUGAUUUUGAAAUUCAUCCGAAUAUGUCAGCACGUUGGGUUCUGCUAGGAUUGAAUAGUCCUACACACGUGUCUAUUGUUCAUGACGCUUUAGAAGGUGGUAAUAGUAGUAAUAAUAAUGGACAACAACAUACUACUGGUUGUUAUGGAUCAAUUAAAUUAAUUACACCAACUGAAGCACUACUUCAUUUACAAGAAAUUCAGUCACUAGCUUCUCGUUUGAAAGGUUUAAAUGCUGAUGGAUCUCAGUCAACUUCAUCGGCUACUAUUCAUUCCAUUUCACAAUUAUCAUCAUCCAAUAUGAUGAGAUGUGAUUUUAACACCAACCAUAAUAAUAAUCAUAAUAUACCAAGUAGUGAAUCAAAUCAUUUAUUAAUUGGAAUAAAUGCCACAACUAUUAAUAAUUCUUCUGCCAGUUCUUCUCUUCCUCUUACUACUACUGCUACUACCCCUGUUAAUACUGUUGUUACAACUGUCAAUAAUCAUAGUUCCGAUGGUUAA